GUGGCGGUCUCUCAAAAAGGGACCAGGAAACUCCGUCGCUGCACAUCUCUAUUUCCCAGCGCUUAGUCCCCUCCUACUCCUCGCGGACGGAACCCACUACGGCUCCUACAGUACCUUGCUCACUUCUUCCCACUCCAAAGUUAAAAAAGUCAAGUCAGUGUCGCAUUUACAGUACGCGAAUGGACAAAACGAACGCCGUCGAAAGCGCACCCGCCCAUGUGGCCAAGCACGCUGCUUUUCCUCUAACAAUAAAAGACCCAGUCAUUCGUUCAACCGUCUCCGGUGCUGCUGCUGGACUCUUGUCUUCCGUGUUAGUCUGCCCACUAGACGUUCUCAAAAUCCGAAUCCAAAACCAGCGGCACCAAUCCGGCGUCUCCCCCAAAUACACUGGUACCGUCCAGGGUGUGAAGCUGAUAUGGAACGAGGAAGGUGUUCGUGGGCUCUUUCGUGGGUUGGGCACGACGACGAUUGCGUAUAUUGCCGAUCGGGCGAUUUGGUUCGCGGCCUAUAAUCAGUUGAAGGAUCGGUUGGCUGCAGCUGCGGGCCGACCGCCAGAAGAUGCCGGAGCGCUCGUGCACCUGAACGCGUCGAUAGGCUCCUCACUCGUAACAAUGGCAUUCGUCAACCCGCUCUGGGUGAUCCGAACACGCAUGAUGGUCCAAUCAACAGUAAAAGGCCAAGCCUCCGCCACACACUACACCUCCACCUCGCACGCCCUCUCCUCCAUCCUCCGCACCGAAGGCUUCUCCGCGCUGUACAAAGGCUUCGUGCCCUCGCUGCUGGGUAUAACCCACGUCGCGGUGCAGUUUCCGCUGUAUGAGAGGUUAAAAGUCGUCAUGAGAGAUUUGGAAAAGAAGCGAGGGAGAGUGGAUCAGGAUCUGAGCGCUGUCAGUAUAUUGCUGGCGAGUGCUGGGUCGAAGAUGGUCGCUAGUGUCGCGACGUACCCUCACGAGGUCCUCCGCACCCGCCUCCAAACGCAAUCCGCCCGCCGGAUCCUCACCCAUAUCCCCGACAAACUCUGCGAAGGCCCCGACUGCCCCGCCGAUUCACGCCCCCCCGCAACCGCCGCUGAAUCCGCCGCCUUACGAUCAACAAAACCCACACCCCGAUAUCGCGGUAUGAUCCACGCGAUGAAGGUGAUUAUGCGCGAGGAAGGGUGGAGGGCGUUCUAUAGGGGCUUGGGCGUCAAUCUGAUUAGGACGGUGCCGAGCUCGGCGUUGAGUUUGUGGAUUUAUGAGGUGCUGGUGCAGAAGUUGGGGCAUGAUGUUGACAAGUGAUGUGUGGGUGGAAAUAUUGGCUCCAUCUGGAAGGAAUGUGUGUAAAUAGUGUGGAUACCCCCCGUAUCGUUUUUUAUGUGGUUUACUCGACUUUCCUUCUCGUUCUUACUGCAUUUUUAUAUAUUCCCACCUUACGCUUUGACCAACUUUUUCGGAGACAUAUUUACUCAUGAUGCAAAGAAGAAGAAAAUGUACAUGUAGAUACACGCAGAAUACAUAGACUAUGUAUAACCCGAAGACUAAGCUACACCAACAUAGCGCGGGAAGGGGAUCGAAUCUACGCAGCAAUCCGAUUCUUGACCCAAUUCUCCAACCCCCCCUCCACAAUCAACUCCUGCGCCGCCCUCCCUACCGGCGGCACCUUAUACCUCCUCUCCCCCACCCCCACACUCCCGCCCACAAGAUCCACGGUCGCA